GGAGGCGGAGCAGGGGCAGGGUGCGCGCGCGUGAGAACGUCCGGGGAGCGCGCGCGCCGCCGCCGACGCCGCCGGGCUGAGAGAAGAGCUUGCGGGGUUUGCGGUUGAUGGCUCCGACUGAAGGGCUGGAGGCGGCGUAUGCCGCUGUUCUUGCUGUCGCUCCCGACACCUCCGUCAGCUUCUGGUCAUGAGAGGAGACAGAGCCCUGAAGCAAAGACAUCUGGGUCAGAGAAAAAGUAUUUAAGGGCCAUGCAAGCCAAUCGUAGCCAACUGCACAGUCCUCCAGGAACUGGAAGCAGUGAGGAUGCUUCAACCCCUCAGUGUGUCCACACAAGAUUGACAGGAGAAGGGUCUUGUCUUCAUUCUGGAGAUGUUCAUAUCCAGAUAAACUCUAUACCUAAAGAAUGUGCAGAAAAUACAGGCUCCAGAAAUACAAGGUCAGGUGUCCAUAGCUGUGCCCAUGGAUGCGUACACAGUCGCUUACGGGGUCACUCCCACAGUGAAGCAAGGCUGCCUGAUGAUACUGCCGCAGAAUCUGGAGAUCAUGGUAGUAGCUCCUUCUCAGAAUUCCGCUAUCUCUUCAAGUGGUUGCAAAAAAGUCUUCCAUAUAUUUUGAUUCUGAGUGUCAAACUUGUUAUGCAGCAUAUAACAGGAAUUUCUCUUGGAAUUGGGCUGCUAACAACUUUUAUGUAUGCAAACAAAAGCAUUGUAAAUCAGGUUUUUCUAAGAGUAAGUAGCUUAAUUUUUUUAAAUCCUACUUUGGACCAUUUGAGCUUCUGGGAAGUACUUUGGAUUGUUGGAAUUACAGACUUCAUUCUGAAAUUCUUUUUCAUGGGCUUAAAAUGCCUUAUUUUAUUGGUGCCUUCUUUCAUCAUGCCUUUUAAAUCUAAGGGUUACUGGUACAUGCUUUUAGAAGAAUUAUGUCAAUACUACCGAACUUUUGUUCCCAUACCAGUUUGGUUUCGCUAUCUUAUAAGCUAUGGGGAGUUUGCUAACGUAACUAGAUGGAGUCUUGGGAUAUUGCUGGCUUUACUCUACCUCGUACUAAAACUUUUGGAAUUUUUUGGGCAUCUGAGAACUUUCAGACAGGUUUUACGAAUAUUUUUUACACAACCAAGUUAUGGAGUGGCUGCCAGCAAGAGACAGUGUUCAGAUGUGGAUGAUAUUUGUUCAAUAUGUCAAGCUGAAUUUCAGAAGCCAGUUCUUCUCAUCUGUCAGCAUAUAUUUUGUGAAGAGUGCAUUACCUUAUGGUUUAACAGAGAGAAAACAUGUCCACUCUGCAGAACUGUGAUUUCAGACCAUAUAAACAAAUGGAAAGAUGGAGCCACUUCAUCACACCUUCAAAUAUAUUAAGUUGUAUAAACUAUUAAGGCCACAAAAUACUAAUGUCAUUUGGUCAUAACUUCUGAUAAGGCAUCAGAAUGAUUUUCAGGGCUGCAAGAAAAAUGUUUCCAGAUGGUUUUAGAAUGUAAGACUUAUGGUCCAAUUCACCAAAAGAUUAAAUGAAAGAACCCUAUUUUAAAAUAUAUAUAAUGUUCAACCUAAUGUAUGUGCAACAUUUAUUCUAUUCUAAUUAUUUGACAGGUAACUGCAGUGUUAAAUUGUAAAUGUGUUUUCUUAAUGUUACCCAAAACAGCAAUUUGAAAUUAGAACUAGUGGAUUUAGAGAACUCAGGUAUUCUUUCCUGACAUUGUUUUCAGAAUAAAGAAUAUUUUUCAUAAUAUUUUAAGAUACAUACUAUCUAAUAGUAGAAUUUUGUUCAGCAUUGACUUUUAUAAUUCCCAUCCUAAAAAUUAAUAUUUUCAUAAAAUUUGUAUUUUUAAAUGAAAAUUCUAAAUGUUAUAUUUUAUCAGUAACAGAUUUUCUAAGUGAAGAUUAAUUUACUGAGGAUGAUACAUUUUAGUAUUGUAUUAUUCUCUGUAGUAAGACUAGUAAUCAGUGAAAAUAAAUGGAUUCAUUUUGUCUGUGGACGUCAUAAAUUCUUCCUGCCGUCAGCUUUAAUGUUCAUGAUCAUGCUUUUUGUAUAGUACCAUGGAGUAUCUUGAAGUAACUAUUAAAAUAAUUCAUGUGGAUUA